UCCCGCUCUGCAAAAUGGAUGGCUAAAAAACAUUUGCAGUGGGAAAACUUCCAUAGAUUCUUAGACCAUCCUCCAUCAAGAAACGGUGAAAGAUUUCAAAAAAGAAAAAUAAAGAAGAAGAAGAAAAAUAGAAACCCAACCUACAAUUCAUCAAGAAACGGUGAAAGAUUUCAAAAAAGAAGAAGGGAAAUGAAAUAAUUCAAUUCACAUAAAUCGCAUGUAAUAAAAUAAGCAGAGAGGAGAAUUAUUACAGAGAAUUACAUAAGAAAGAUGAAAGAUGGUAAGAAAGAAGAAAGAAAGAGAAGAAAGUGCAGAGAAACCUCACCCCUUUAAAUGCCUCUUGUCUGAAAAUGCAGAUCUCUCUCUCCUAUGAGGAGUAAGAAAUAUGCAAUGCUCAGCCCCAAAUUUAGGCCAGCAUUAUAAAGGUGGAGGGGCCCAACUUUAAGCAAUCCAGACCGUUCGUGUGGCCGGAGUAGCUGUGUCCACCUGAUAUGUGGAAAUGUUCCCACUGCAAGUUUCUUUUGCAUCUGUCCAAUGCAGGCUGCAAGUCCAGUGGCUGAGAUUUCCCAAUGGGGACUUUCUUUCAUUAAUAUUCAUUUGAUGGAGAGGGGCUCACCAUAUGAACAGUCUGGAUCACAAAAAAGUGGAUUCCAACUGUUUGGAAACUGGUCUGAGUGGAAACCCCAGUGUUAACUAGAGUUGACUCCUUAAUCCCAUUAUAAAGGUACUGUAAUCAUGAGCUGAGUUUUCUCGGAAGAAGAAAUUGAGAAAUGGGGCGCAGAUUAAGAAUGAGCGAUACUGCUUUCUAUCUCUCAGAUGAAAUCAUUGAAAAAAUCCUCUCGAGGCUUCCCCUGAAGUCCCUUCUGAAGUACAAGAUGGUUUGCCGACCUUGGGACAGCUUGAUACGCGAUCGUCAUUUCAUCUAUAUGCAUCUGAGCCAUUCCAUAGAUAACCCCAAUUAUCUUAUUGGUGUUACUAACAGUGAGAAUCUCAAGCUGUAUUUGUUAGAGGAUGAUGGGGAAAGUGAGUGCAAGAUAACGAACAUCCCUUUUCCAGUCUGUAAGAAACUCAAAUUUGCAACUUUUGUUGGUUCUGCUUGUGGUUGGGUCUGUUUGAAUGAUCUUUGGUCAGAUGAUGUGCAUAUUUGUAAUCCUGCUACUGGACAAGCAAUAACACUCUCAAAGGAUGGUCAACAACCUCGAAUCGGGUUUGGCAUUGGUCAGGAAAGCGAUGAAUAUGUAGUGUGCCAGAUAUUUGAAAACAUUCAGGUCAAUGAUGUCAACCAUCCUUAUGAUUGUGAGAUAUAUUCAUCAAAAACAUGUUCUUGGAAACACAUAUGUAGUAUUCCAUAUGACAUCGAUUCCUAUGUCUAUGCAUUUGCAAAUGGGGCAUUUCAUUGGUACAACGGUUCAGAUGCCAUCAUCUCAGUUGAUAUAAAGGAGGAAAAGGAAAAUGUUCGAUUUACUCAGCUUCCUGAGUCAAUUGUCAAUGCUGUAAUUUUUCUGGAUGAGUGGAGAGGGAGUCUGGCAGUAUUUGUUGUCAAGGGUUUAGAGGUGAAAGUAUGGAUCUUAAAGGACUGCGGGGAGUCGUCAUGGACCAAAAAAUAGAGCUUUUCUAUGGCACGCUCACCUGUGUGGCCAUUCACAAUUGAUUCCUUGGUUGUUCGAAAGAAUGACGUUUUGUUCGCGACAGAUGAUGGGAAAUUACUAUCUUUUAAUCUCGUUCGCAAAAGAUAGAGGCAAUUUGAUUCUCGCAAAGUUAAACGUGGUGUAUAUACGGUACAUGCUUAUACAGGG